AUCUGAUUUUUUUUUUUUACAUGAAUCUCUGUCUUGCCUUUCAUAAGAUGGCAGGUUGUUCCUUGUUAAAAACAUAGCCAAAGCACUCAUCAGCAAAAAGCUUGAGAACUUGACAUUGGUAUUUAGACUUCGGUGUCUUGGGUACCUUUUCAAGGUUAGAUGUUUUCACAGUCAUGAAGAAUCUCUCGGUGGUGUCCGAAUUCAUCCUGCUGGGCAUCCCGCACACGGAGGGUCUGGAGACUAUGCUCUUGGUCCUGUUUUUGUCCUUCUACAUCUUCACCCUUAUGGGGAACCUGCUCAUCUUGCUGGCUAUUGUCUCCUCCGCUCGGCUUCACACGCCCAUGUACUUCUUCCUGUGCAAACUGUCUAUUUUUGACAUAUUUUUCCCUUCUGUGAGUUCCCCUAAGAUGCUGUGCUAUCUUUCAGGGAACAGCCGAGCCAUCUCCUAUGCAGGCUGUGCAUCCCAGCUCUUCUUCUACCAUUUCCUGGGCUGCACUGAGUGUUUCCUGUACACGGUGAUGGCCUACGACCGCUUUGUUGCCAUUUGUCACCCUCUACACUACACCGUAAUCAUGAGCCACAGAGCGUGCGUCAUCCUAGCCAUGGGGACCUCAUUCUUUGGCUGCAUUCAGGCCACCUUUCUGACCACUCUCACUUUCCAAUUGCCUUACUGUGGCCCCAAUGAGGUGGACUAUUAUUUCUGUGAUAUCCCAGUCAUGCUGAAGCUGGCUUGCGCAGACACCUCAGCCCUGGAGACGGUGGGGUUCAUCAGCGUGGGCCUGAUGCCCCUCAGCUGUUUCCUUCUCGUCCUCACCUCUUACAGUCGCAUCGUCUUCUCCAUCCUGCAGAUCCACUCUGCCGAGGGCCGACACCAUGCCUUCUCCACCUGCAGUGCCCACCUCACUGCCAUCCUGCUUUUUUACAUGCCAGUGGUCCUCAUUUACCUGAGGCCAACCCCCAGCCCCUGGUUGGAUGCAACUGUUCAGAUUCUGAAUAAUCUGGUCACCCCCAUGCUGAACCCCUUAAUCUACAGUCUCAGGAAUAAGGAGGUGAAAUCAUCACUAAGGAGGGUCCUACAUCAGCUGGGCUUCCUCCCUGAGCAGUUGUAGAGAGAAAUAAGUAACUACCACUUCAACCACACUUCACAGCUUAUAACAAUUUUUAUUUGGUGCUCACAAAUAUUUUUGAAAUUGAGGGCACAGGUGUUAUUAUUUCCAUUUUACAAUGUGGAGACUAACACUCAAAGUCAC